UUCAAUUCCAGCUGAUCGAUCAAACAAAAAACUUGAUACACAGGAAUUAAGGAAAAAAUGCUAUAAACUUAGAAAGAGAAAGUGUUUAUUAGCUCGCACGAAAUGGACAAGAAUCUGGAUGAGGUCAAAGGCACCGUGCAAAAGAAGUUCAAUGAAAUCCGUGCGGCUUUGCAUAUGCGCGAGAAGUUGCUCCUGCGGCAACUGGAGGUCAUAGCGAAUACGCGGCAGCAGCAGCAGUUGCUGAAGAAGUCCACCGCCGAAGUGGAUGACUCCGAUUCCAAGAAGGAACAAAGCGGGGUGCGAUUUGUACCAGGCGAAGGCGAAGAUGCGGAGGAGAAGCUGCUGACCGUCAUCCGGAGCUAUGGUCACUUCCUGCUGGACAACAGUGACAUGCAGCUGGCGCUGCAGGACUAUCGCACCACGGGCCUGAGGAACGAGGACUACAUAGAACCGCUGGACGACCACGAGACCAUGUACAAGUGCCUGCAGGACGGGAACGUCUCGUAUCUCGACCUGGACGAGGAUGGUGCCCCACCGGAGGCCAUUGUGGUGGACUUCUCACGCAACAGAUCUCUGGUGGAAGACAAUGCCAAGCGAUCGAUCAUCAACAUCACUCUGCAGGAAGCAAAAGAUCUGAUCAAGAAAGCCAAGAUCAAAAGGGAAACCUAUGUGCCACCCUUGAACUUGGAAGAACUGGAUGAUGAGCUGGAAUCUUCGAUAGCCGAAGCUGUCUCCAGUUUGGGUCGCGAAACCUCGGCCAAAUCCAAGAGCAGCGUUCAAGAACCACCGAAAACCAAGAGCCGCAAGCAGCGAUUCAAGCCAAAGAUCACCAUCAACAAUUGCAAUGGCACCAUCAACCUGCGCAACAUUGCCAGCUUGACCAUCAAUUGCGCCAGCGAGGAGGCGGUCAGUGCAGAGAUUCCCCUGGCCAAAUCCGCUGAUUCCAGCACCACCGAACCUUCGAAUUCCACUCCCACAACCACCGCCUCCAGUUCGAAUUACUCCAGUAAUGCCAGCUCCCGUUCGCAGUCCAAAAAGCAAAAGGCUACCAAAAAGCAGGAGAGGAUUGAUCGGGAACCCAGCUCUGAAUCCACGCCCACACCGGCACAAGGCCAACGCUACGAGGAGACCGAGAUCCACGAUGUCACCUGCGAUUUCUACAAUCGCCUGCUCAACGAGAUCAAGAAGAGCAUGGUGGAGAAGCCGCGCAGGACUUACCACCAAAUGACGGAGCCGGUUCAAGCUGCUGCCGCCGAUUCCAGCUGCGAUGCCAAUUCCAAUCCCAGGCAGUCGGCUCCCACAAAGGAACCAGUUUCAACCACCACCACAUCGCUUACACAAAGCGAAUCGGGACCACAACUGCAACCGGGCAAGCGGCUAAUCCUCAAGAACUUCGAGAACCUGAAGAUCAUCCUGGAGGCGAACAGCGGCGAUGAGGAUUCAUUCCAUCCCGUCCAGAUCGAACAGUGGCUGGCGGAGAUCAUCUCAGAAACGGAUCUGGAGCCCAUGCAGAACACCGACAUCCUGGAGCACAGCCGCAUCCACAGCAGCGAGAGCCCCUAAAGCUGGCGGUCCACUUUAUUCCAAUCUAUUUAUCCUUAAUGCACUCAGUAUUUUCUCUCCAUUAUGUGUAGCUAUAGUUUCCUUAAUUUGUUUUUAAUUUACGUUUUAACCUUAGUUAGUUUUGAUUUCUAUUUUAAAUUUUAAUUCCUUUUUGGCGGAACUUGAGUUGAAGAAAUCCUACACGGCUUGGUUUUCUUUACCAUUCCUAUCAAUUUUCGAAGAAUCCAAGUUGGCUAAGUUUAUGUUUACGAUGAAAACUAAAGUAUUUAGUUGCGCUAAUUGAAAAUAUUUAAAAGUAAGAUUUCCUUAGAGUGAAAUGUUCUCAAAAGAUGGGAAUUGCAGAUCGGAAAAUUACUAUCAAAUUAAGAGGAAUAACUAUCACAUUUCCUUCUUUAGAUAAUGUCUUAUUAAUAGCUAAUAUUCGCAAAUUCUUUUCCGCCGAAUUUUAAACUGAAACAAAAACAGACAUAAUGGUUUUAUGUACUUAAUGCAUUUGAUUUUGUGAUUUUUAUCCUUUUGUAAGACUUGAACUCGUACCAAUUUAGCAAGUAAGCUCCAGGCAGUGUUCAGUGCUCACAGUAGCCCCCAUUUGUAAAUGCAAUCGAAGAGUCCACAUUAAAGUGUUAAUUGCCAUCACAAAACGAA